AUGCUGCUUCCCGAAGCCUCCUUGAAGGACCUCAGCAGCAAACUGGAGAAGGACGUGACUGUGGAGCGUUUCCGGCCAAAUAUCGUCACCGCAGCGGAUUACAACCCGGUUACUGGCCGGCCUGCACCCCGGCGCAGCCAGCCACCUAUGCGGCUACUGUUCAUGGCUUUCCUGCUGGCCUCUCUGCGGCUCCUGUCAAGCCCGGCUCCGUCCAUGGUGUUUUGUUACACGUCCUCACAGCUCAUCAGACUCAACCACCGUACACCUCCUUCACUGGUCAUCAACUCAACUCUGCAAAAACACUCUCUUCUCCGCUGUUGCCCCUACAUCCACACAGCUCUUCCCUUCAUCUGCCUCUGA